AUGAGAUUCAAACGGCUCAUGUUCGGAAUCAAUUGUGCCCCGGAGAUAUUUCAGCGGGUGAUGACCGAGAUGUUAGUCGGAAUCGAGGGCGUUGUGGUGUAUAUCGACGAUGUUGUAGUGGCUGGAAGCUCAAAAGGAGAACACGACGCCCGUCUCCAGCAAGUACUGGCUGUUCUCAACAAAAACUGUGCCACUUUGAACAAAGCCAAGUGUCUUAUUGGAGUAACCGAACUAGAGAUCUUGGGUUUCAAUGUAAGCGCAGCGGGUGUAUGUCCUUCUGAUGAGAAGAUCUCAGCCAUUCGUAAUUUCCGUAGGCCAGAAACUAAAGAAGUGCGGAGUUUCUUGGGACUGGUCAAUUUUGUUGGCCAGUUUAUUCCAGAUUUGUCAACGAGAUCUGAACCAUUGCGGCAAUUCAUGAGAGGGGAUGUUGAAAUCUUUGGGAAAGAUCAACAAAGAGCCUUCGAUGAUCUUCGAAACGAGCUCUCUAAAACCGUCCACAGACUAGGAUUCUACGACCCAAAUGAUAUGACAGAGCUGUACGUUGACGCUUCUCCCGUGGGCCUUGGGGCAGUGCUCACUCAGCGAAAUGGUGAACAGAUUCCGAGGAUUAUAAGUUUUGCUUCGAAGGGAUUAACAAAAACCGAAAGAGUGUAUCCCCAAACUCAACGUGAAGCGUUGGCAGUUGUAUGGGCCGUCGAGAAAUUCUACCCAUACUUGUUCGGCAUCCAGUUCACAGUGUUUACCGAUCAUAAAACAUUAGAAUAUAUCUACGGAGGGAAACACCAACAAGGAAAACGUGCAUGCUCAAGGGCCGAAGGAUGGGCAUUACGGCUCCAGUCAUACGAUUUCCGCGUAGAACACAUUCCUGGUUGCAAAAACAUUUCAGACGUUCUCUCGAGAUUGAUGGUACACCCUGAUGCAUCUUCAGACACACCCUUCGACGAAGCUACUGAGCAUUACCUUUGCGCAGUUGGAGAGGGACCGACGGCAAUUUCUCUGCAAGAGAUAAAAAAGGGAACUGAGCAGGAUAAGGUUCUUAAAGCUGUGAUAAAAGCAAUAUACGAUCAGAAAUGGCCAUCCGAACUUUUUCGCUAUCAAGCGUUUCAUGAUGAACUGGGAAUAUUCGAGGGAAUUAUUGUCCGGAAUGAUAGGAUCGUCCUCCCGUCAAGCCUUAGAAAGAGAGCAUUGGCGAUUGCUCAUAGGGGACACCCAGGAGUAGUUACCAUGCGCCGAAAUCUGCGAGAAAAAGUUUGGUGGCCACAUAUGGAUCGGGAUGUCGGGGACCAUGUUCAAGAAUGUGCUGGGUGCGCUGCAGUUAGUUCACAAGGUCCAACGGAACCAAUGCUUCGCAAGAAAAUGCCAGAUCGUGCAUGGCAAGACAUAGCAAUUGAUUUUUUUUCGGCCAAGGAAUGUGCCACAUUCCUUGUAACUGUGGAUUAUUACAGUCGCUUUCUGAGGAUAACCGAGAUGAAGGGAACUAACGCUGCGAAAACUAUCCAUGCUCUCGAAGCAAUUUUCCGGGAGCACACAUACCCAGAAACCAUUCGGAGUGACAACGGGCCCCCGUUUUCCAGUGAGGAAUUUUCGAAUUACUGUGAAUCUAAAAACAUUCGACUGAUUCGUACAAUUCCCUAUUGGCCACAGAUGAAUGGUCUGGUGGAAAGACAAAACCAGGGUAUUUUGCGUACCCUGCGUAUUGCGAAAGCCAUCAAUACAGACUGGCGCAAAGCCAUCCAAGAUUAUGUAUAUUCAUACAACACGACGCCCCACUCCGUGACCGGAAAAUCACCAAUGGAAUUGAUGACCAGUAGACCGGUUAAGGAUCUACUGCCGUCUUUGCGGACUGAACCAUAUUGGCGCCGAGAUGAAGAAACCCGUGAUAACGAUGCGAUAAGGAAGAUGCAAGGGAAAAUCUAUGCGGACCAGCGAAGACACGCUAGAACAUCAGACAUCAAUGUUGGAGACAAAGUCAUGCUGAAAAAUCACGAAACUGGAAAGCUGGAGCCUAAAUUCAAACUCGACAAAUUCACUGUAGUCAAGAGAAGUGGCAAUGAUGUGGUCGUUACAAAUGACGAGGGCGUUCUAUAUCAUAGACCGGUGUCUCACCUGAGGAAAUGGCCUUUGGAAAAAGAAGUUCUACUAGAGGAAGCUACUUCAGCAGACGAUUAUCAUCUCACCCUUCACUCAGAUGAUACCAGGGAAAAAGGAGAAAGGACGAGCAACCUAACUACAAAUACAAAUUUACAACAUCAUACGGUAUUUUCUAGAGUACGUUCCUCAGCUACAACGAGCAAAAGUGACGAAGACGGAACAAACGAAAGCAGCGUCGCAAAGCGCCCCAAACGUGACAGAAAAAUGCCAACAAAAUAUAAUUCAUAG